AUGUCCAUUAUAUUUAAGGAUUUUAUUUAUGAUGAAAACAAAUGCCCAUUAGCGGUAGAAACGGGAAAGAUUUUAUGUUCGGUAAUCGAUUGUGAUGGUGAAGAAAAAAUGAAGGCUUUAGAUCGAAAACUCCUUGUGGAAAGUAAUAUUUUACCCAAUGAGAAACCUGAAUUGAGCGAAGAACAGACUGAAGAAAAGAACUCCAAUGAAUGGUCUGAAAGCAUGACACGUACGGUUUUGGAUAAGUAUGAUGAGUAUAUUGGGGAUGUUGGGCCCAUGAAGAAGUUUCGUACGAAGAAAAGAAUGUGGGAAUUCAUGGCAGAAGAGUUAAAUAAUAUGUUUGAAAAUAAUAAAACAGCUCAGCAAGUGGAAAAUAGAUUUAAAACGGUAUUAAAACGGAAAAAGAAUGCCACUGUUAAUAAUCAUCAAAGUGGCAGUAAAAGAACAAAAAUUGAAUUUGAGGAAGAGCUCAACAAAAUUGCCAGCAAGGAUGACAGUAUUGAACCUGAAAUUUUGAAGGAUCAAAACAGUACUAUUCAAGUACAUAAAGACAUUAUAAAAGCUGAGAAUAAAAAGUCUGUGUCACUAACUGAUGUCUUUAAUAAAGCCCAAGAAGCUAAACUUAAACAACGGGAUCAACAGCAUAAAGAACGUGAAGAUAAUAAAGAACGGAGACACCAGGAGAAAUUGCAAUUACUAAAAGACUUGUUUAAAAAUUCGUAG